AUGUCUGCCGUCGCUCUCUCUGCUGCUGUUCCUAUGACUGCUGCUACCGCCACAGCUUCUGCUGCUGCUGCUGCCACUGCUGCCACUUCGGCCGCCCAACGCUUCGCCAGCCGCCUGCCAAAGAUCGAAUUGCACGCACACCUGACUGGCAGCAUCAGCCGCGACUGUCUGCACCACAUCUGGCACACGAAAAUCGCCCAAGACGCAGCUUUUGACGUCCCAGACCCUCUGCUUGCCAUUCCCUCUGGCAAGGUUGACUACGACCUCGACACCUUCUUUCCGCUGUUUUCGUCCUACAUCUACAAGCUAUGCAGCGAUCUCCCGAGCAUAGAGUAUUCGACGAAAGCAGUCUUGCAAGACUUCCAAGCAGACGGUGUAGUCCAUCUUGAGCUGAGAACAACGCCGCGAGCAAUACCUGAGAUAGGCGUCACCAAGCACGAUUACGUCAAGACGGUCCUCAACGUCCUCAACACGUGGAACAACGAUCCUGCGUCGUCCAUGCAUGCCUACCUGAUCCUCUCUGUCGAUCGCCGCAACACCUUGGCUCAAGCCGAAGAAGUCGUCGACCUGUGUAUUGACUACCAAGCAGCAGGCGUCGUCGGCAUCGACCUCUGCGGUGAUCCAGCCAAGGGCGAUGUGCGCAUUUUCACAAACCCCUUUGCUAGAGCCAAGGUUGCAGGCUUGAAGAUGACCCUGCACUUCGCUGAGGCAAAUGUCUCGGCUUCUGAUGCCGAGCUGGAGACCCUGCUCUCGUGGCGACCAGAUCGACUGGGCCAUGUCAUACACGUGAAAGAAAAGUACCGCAAACUCAUCGAGCAGCGAAACAUUGGCGUUGAGCUGUGUUUGAGCUGCAACGUCCACGCUAAGAUGAUCACCGGUACCUACGGCGACCACCACUUCGGCAUGUGGAGGCAUACGAAGGUUCCAGUGGCCCUCUCCACCGACGAUGUGGGCGUCUUCUGCAGCCCGCUCUCCGCAGAAUACGCACUGGCAGUGCAGCAUUUCAACCUCACUCGAAGCGAAAUCAAGGCCCUUUGCAUUCGUGUCGUCGACUCGAUAUUCACGGGCGAGGACGAGAAGCACCGCCUCAGGUCGCUCUACUCGGAUUGGGAUGGCUGGGCAGCUUAG